AUGGAAGAGUUUGAUGAUUUUAAUGACAUGUUUGGAAAUGAUGACUUGAUGGAAGAUCCGGUUGAAAAUGACAAAGUACCUACUGACGCUGAUAUCUUUAAUAGUUUAUUUGAUGUUGAUAAAGAGCAAAAAACCAAACGUAGACUUAUUCAGAGACCUCAACCUAAGCUAAAUGAAAGUUCUCUAGUCGGACCAAAGGGUAUUCCAGCCCUCCGUGAUAUGUUCAAAGAAUACAAGCCUAAUAAAGAUCUUGAUCCCUACUCUAAUUUGAACCUUGUUAUGAAGAAGUACGAGCAUUGGGCUCAUUUGUUGUUUCCUAAAAUGAAAUUUGACGAUGUGAUCGCACGUUGUGAAGCGCUGGGAAUGAGACGAGUUGUUAAAGUAUACAUGAUGAAGUCAAGAUCGGGUAUGCCACUGACGGACGAAGAUUUCGCUAAUGCGGAUGAUAAGGAAGACAAGGAUGCUGUUAUAACAACUGAUUGCGAUGAGGAUCGAGCCGAAGAUCAGGCAUCCAACCAAGUUCAGGGGAUUAUUACAAGCAGGGAUGAAGAUGAUGAUGAUGAAAACUAUUAUGAUCCUUUUGCCGACCAACGAGAGGAAGAGCCCGAUUAUGCUGAUUUCCCAGAUUUAUAA